UUAGAUUUUAGAAGCCAACCAACUCUCUCAGCGCUCAACAUCACCCAUUGGAAAAAACACCCAAACCACCUCUCGGAAAGUUCAAAGGUGACUAACCCCUCCCUCCUUCCCACUCUCUCUCUCUUCAGCCUUGUAACCUUGUACUUUUAAUUCUCUUCCUCAGCAUCUCUCUCUCUCUCUAUAUAUAUAUUGACAAACACAUCUCAUAAACCCUCAAACCCAAAUUCAUCGUCACCUUCUUCUUCGUCUUGUAAUCUGAAGAUAUACAGAGUGAGUGGGGAAGAGAAACAGCGAAACAAGAACAAUUAAUAAUGCCGGCAACACCUCCCAAAUCAUCUCUCCAAGUCCACAGAAUCAAUAACACAAUCACCUCCGCUACCAACACAACCAACGUUCUCUCCCAGAAACAAUCACAAGCCACCACACUCUCCCGCCGGGUCCCUCUAUCCUGCGCCAUUCCGGUCCCCGACUACAUCGCGCGCUACCACACCCACGCCGUUGGGCCCAACCAGUGCUGCUCCUCCGUCAUCCAACCCAUCGCCGCUCCCGUCUCCACCGUAUGGUCCGUCGUCCGCCGCUUUGACAAUCCUCAAGCCUACAAGCACUUCGUCAAGAGCUGCCACGUUCUCGUCGGAGACGGUGAUGUCGGUACUCUCCGAGAGGUCCAUGUCGUUUCUGGUCUCCCCGCCGUGAAAAGCACCGAGCGCCUUGAGAUCCUCGACGACGAGCGCCACGUCCUUAGCUUCAGCGUCAUCGGUGGGGAACAUCGCCUCUCCAAUUACAGAUCAGUCACCACUCUCCACCCUUCCUCUACUGGCGCUGGAACCGUUGUUGUCGAAUCGUACGUCGUUGACAUCCCACCAGGGAAUACCAGCGAAGACACAUGUAUGUUCGUCGACACCAUAGUCCGCUGCAACUUACAAUCACUCGCUCAGAUUGCCGAGAACUUAGCCGGCCGGAACCGGACAUCGUCGUGACAACCCCCCUUUUCCGAUCUGUGACGGCCUUUCCUUUCCUUGGAUUUUUCCAAUGUGGGUCCAAUUGAUAUCCAUUGUUGAUCGCAGCCCGGAAGAAAAAAAAGGGAAAAGAUCUGAUCGCUAUGAAGCUUCGUUCGUCUACCCAUGAUUUUGCUUGAGCCCGUGAUGAUGUAAAGAAGAAUGCGACACCUUGUUUUCCGAGAAAAUCCGUUCCGUCGAUCUGCCGAUACCGGAACACUUUGUUUGCGUCAUUCCGUCACCAUCACCCCGUUAUCUUUUUUUUUUUUAUUUUAUUUUAACUACAUACACAAUGUGAAUUCUAUCUGCAUCUGGUUUUUUCUCCGUGCCCAUGGUUUUUGUGUAAUUUCAAAAAAAUUGAUUGCCCAAACAGGAAGGCAGUAGUCUGAGUUGCAUCCCUUGCA